AUGGGUGUUGAGUCGACCAUGGCCUAUCUUGAGAAUCUUGGCGUAGACCUCGAGAACGCCGAGAUGCUUGUGGUCGCAGAGCUUCUUCAGUCGCCAUCUAUUGGCGCGAUUACGAAAAAAGGCUAUAUUGAUGGCUGGAAGACAACCGGGUCCGCGACGCGUCAAGCGCACGCCGCGCACGUCAAGUCUCUGGUCAACACACUCGCCACUGAUCCCGCUUACUUCAAAAAAGUCUACCGCUACACCUUUGUCGCUAGCAAGGAGGAGAACCAGAAGGCGCUAGCUCUCGACACAGCAAAGGUCUACUGGAGCGUCUUGUUCUCGCCACCAGGCUGGCAAUGGAAGACCAAGUCUCAUGACUGGCUCGAGUUGUGGUCGUCAUUCCUUGAUGAGAAGUGGACUCGUUCUGUCAACCGCGACAUGUGGAACAUGAUUCUCGAGUUCGCCACCAAAACUAUGUCGGACGAGACUUUGUCCUUCUGGAACGAGGACGGUGCCUGGCCGAGUGUCAUUGACGACUUCGUGGCUUGGUGCAGAGAAAAGGGGGUUGGAAAGGCCGAUUCCGCUCUUAUGGACGUUGACGCUUAG